GGCUGGCAAGAGAGAUGGAUCACCUGAAUCCCCACAGCGUUCUGGUGACUGGCUCUAACCGCGGACUUGGCUUGGAGCUGGUCAGGCAGCUGGCAAAGAAAAGCAACCCCCCGAAAUGGAUCUUUGCAACUUGCCGGGACCCGUCUGGACCUCGUGCUCAGGACCUGAAGAAUUUGGCUGCUGAACACCCGCAAAUUGUCGUCAUGGCAUUGGACACAACUGAUCCAUCCAGCAUCAAGGCCGCCGCAGCCAAAGUCACAGAAUGCUUAAAAGGGGCUGGAUUGAACCUCCUGAUUAAUAAUGCCGGGAUUGUAAAUAUGAGCAGCCUGGAGACUGAAACACCAGAGAACAUGGCUGAGACCUACAGAACCAAUGUGAUUGGGCCCAUGAUAGUUGUCCAGGAGUUUAUUCCUUUGCUGAGGAAAGCAGCUAAAGAAAGUCCCCUGACAGGCAUGAGCUGCAGCAAAGCUGCCAUCGUGAACAUGUCCAGUGAAGCAGGGUCCAUCACAACGUUUGAAUGGCAACGGGGCCACGUCAUUGCUUACCGCUGUAGUAAGUGUGCUCUGAAUAUGCUCUCCAAAUGCCAGUCCUUGCAUCUGGCCAAAGAUGAGAUCUUGUGUGUUGCCUUGCAUCCUGGAUGGGUAGCGACUGACAUGGGGAAUGUAGUGGGAACACCCCCAAUGAAAAUCGAGCAGAGUUUGCGAGCUAUUCUCAACACCCUCUGGCCGUCUCUCUGAGAAAACACGGGCACUUUUAUUAACUGGGAAGGAGAUCUUGUGUCCUUGUGAGACAACCAAGAUUUUGCUUCCCUGCAAUUGAAAGAAAACAUUCUCAUCAAAGGCAAUGCAGAUUUCUCUCUUCAAGGCUCAUUAUAGCAUGCUCUGCUCAUGUGCUCCAAUUCUCCUUGCUUCAGGUCAUCUGUCUGGUGCGCCCAUAAAAUAUUGCUCAACCAGACUCUUUCAAACUGCAGGUCCCAGUGAUAUGUCUGAAUCAGUGGUGGGAUUCGUUUAC